AAGAACAAGGCCAUGCAGUACUAUUGAAGAAGAAGAGACAAAACCUAAUACUUUGUGGUCGAAGCAUGAGUCUCUGUCAGUUGUCAUAGUCCUUCCUUCUUUGAUGGAAUUUCGGAAUUCAAGAUGGCUCGAGGACCUAAGAAACAUUUGAAGCGUUUGAACGCCCCGAAAGCAUGGAUGUUGGACAAAUUGGGUGGUGUUUUUGCACCAAGACCUUCCACUGGUCCCCACAAAUUGAGGGAAUCACUUCCUUUGGUUAUAUUCUUGAGAAACAGGCUGAAGUAUGCUUUGACCAAUUGUGAAGUAACCAAAAUAGUGAAACAAAGGUUAAUUAAAGUUGAUAAUAAAGUGCGUACUGACCCCAACUACCCAGCUGGAUUUAUGGAUGUUGUAACCAUUGAAAAAACUGGUGAAUACUUCAGGCUUAUUUAUGAUGUUAAAGGUAGAUUCACAAUCCACCGUAUCACUGCUGAGGAAGCUAAGUACAAGCUCUGCAAAGUAAGGAGGGUUCAAACAGGACCUAAAGGUAUUCCAUUUUUGGUUACCCAUGACGGAAGAACUAUCCGUUACCCUGACCCUCUGAUCAAGGUUAAUGACUCCAUUCAACUUGAAAUCGCCACCUCAAAAAUCCUAGACUUCAUAAAAUUCGAUUCUGGUAAUUUGUGUAUGAUCACUGGAGGCCGUAACUUGGGACGUGUUGGUACAGUUAUGAACAGAGAACGUCAUCCAGGUUCCUUCGACAUUGUACACAUUAAAGAUGCCAAUGGCCAUACUUUUGCUACUAGGUUGAACAAUGUCUUCAUCAUUGGAAAAGGAAGCAAAGCUUUUGUUUCUCUACCAAGAGGAAAGGGUAUUAAAUUGUCCAUUGCUGAAGAAAGAGACAAGAGGUUAGCAGCCAAAACCCAUUAAUAGUUAUAUGGAUUUAUAAAUAAAAAAAAAAACACUGAA